UUGAACUGCUCAUGUUGUUAGACUUCUGAAAACAUAUGAAAUGGACGUGGUUACUGCUUUCAAAGCUUUCCAGCAAGAGAUGAAGGCUUUGUCUCUGAAAGGUUUUCCUUCUGGUAUUGGAAGUUGGAACAGUUCAAGGCAUUCAACAAAGAAGGAUAAAAGUUUCAAAUUACUGAAGGGUCAUGGAGAGAAGGAAAAGACAAAGGGCAAAGAUGUAAAUGAGGAAGAGCCUGAGGCCUUGAAAGAGUACCUGACGUGUGAGCAAUCACCGUGGAAAACAGAAAAUGUGACCCCAGAGACCCAACAUCUAAAGGAACUGGCAAUCACUUCACCAUCUCUCAUUAAUGAGCGCUUCCUUUGUUCCUAUUUACAAUCCUUAAGACUUGUUAAUAAGCAGAUCUGUGAGGUUGACAAGCAAAUGUUGAAAUUUCAGAAUCUGGAAGAACUUAUAUUAAGUGUCAAUAAAAUCACCUCGUUAAACUCAGCAAAUCUUCCGAGAAAGCUAGAGAUUCUUGAGCUCUGCUCCAAUGAGAUUUCCUCUUUGCAACAACUGAGCUCCAGUCCACCACCAAUGUUGCAAUACCUUGGGCUGUCAUACAACAAGCUUUCACUGCCCUCUGACAGCAGAUAUCUCUCAAGCAUGUUCUGGCCUAAUUUAAUAUCCCUUGACUUGAGUUUCAAUGACUUUGUCAAUCUGCGGGAUAUUGUAGCUUCUCUCUCUUCCCUGCCAAACCUGAAGAACUUUAUUCUCCUUGGAAAUCCAUUGGCUCUUUUUCCAUAUUACCGGGGUUUUACAAUAGACAUUCUGCAGAAUCUUGUUUCUCUAGAUGACGUUUUGAUAUCCCUUGAUGAAAGACAUCAUUUUAAGGGUAUUGCUUCACAUCAAGUAUUCCCUCACAAGGUACCUCAAAAACCAUGGGGAGAUCCUAUAGUAUACAACUAUACCAAGGUUCAUACUGUGAAAGACUUGUAUGCUCUUAAGCAAUUGCUACAAAAUGGUCUGACAGUAACUGUAAUAGAAGAAAAGAUCCUGUCAUGGCCUAUCGAGACAGAAGAUGACAAAAUCCCAGAAGCUUCCAUGAAAGAGAAGGUCCAAGGUCCUGGAAAGGGAGACAAAGGCAGUGCUAAAAAUGCAAAAGGGCAAGACAGCACAAAGGAAAAGAGGAAAUCACCUGCUUCAUUUCGAAGUGAUCCACCCAUUCGGAAAAUACUAGGAAGUUACCAUAUGGAUUUGUACUCCAUUGUAGCAGGAAAUCAUAACUACCAGACGGUUUGUGAUUUAGGAGUUCCCAAGAUUGAGGAAAAACUCAAGUCCCCAACACCAGAGAUAAAGGAAACUAUAAGAGGAAAAGGUGAUAAGAAAAACAGUGCUGUUUCGAAAUCAAGAACAAGUGCGAAAUUGAAAACACCAGACAGUAAGAAAGCAAAAGGUAAAAGAGACAUGGAUUCAAGGAUUUCAAUGGAUAUCACACCAAAGCAUCUCUUUGUUGAGUUUAAGUUACACCUGCAGCAGUGGUUGACACGAGCAGAUGCAGAAAAUGAAAUAUACAUGAAGAAUACUAUGUUCAGUCUAUUCAAUGAUGCAUAAAAUGCAACCAUUGAAAUGCAUUUAAAAGUUUGAA